AUGGACUUCAAAUUUAAACCAGAACAUAUUUUUUUACAAAGAAGGACAAAUGCGGAAUAUGUCAAAACCAUUACCAGGUGGUUACCAAAUGUUAAAGAAAAGUACGUGCCAAAGACUUUAUCGGAUGAAAUGAUAGUUUUGUUUUUGUUGUCUUGUACUAAUGACAUAAAUUUAACCAAACAUACUAUUAUUUCUUAUUACAAAUUGAGGAAAGCAUCGCCGUUGAUUUUUGAUAACAGAAGAGUGGAUUGUCCAGAAAUACAAUCAGCAUUAAAAGCUGUAUCAUUUAGUGUGAUUCCCAAACCGAUAGAACAUGAAAUAAUUCUUUUCAUUAAACUACGUGACACUUAUUACAAAAACGCCAAAGUAGAAUAUGCUAUUAAAAUUAUUUGCAUGUUGUUGGAUGUUUGUCAGGAAGAAAAUCCUCCUGAUACCAUUAUCGUUGUCAUUGACAUGUAUGGGUUCGGUGUGAUGCAUAUGACAAUGUUACAUAUAGAAGCUUUAAGAACAAUCUUCGCUUACGUACAAGAAGCUUGUCCUAUUAAACUAAAAACUAUUCACUUUGUAAACUCCAAUUUCAUGUUACAAAAAACCUUGUCGUUUUGCAAAAUAUUCAUGAAACAGGAACUAAUUGAAAAAAUACAUAGCCAUAAAGGUAUAGACGGCCUAUCUGAUUUCAUUUCAAAAGAAUAUCUACCACAAGACUAUGGUGGAGAUCGACCAUCGACUGAAGAACUUCGUAAAACAGUUUAUAAAAAAUUUGAAGACAAGCAGACAUUUUGGGAAGCCGAAGAAAAUAUGAGGAAACAAUACUAUUGUUAA